AGAAAGAGAGAGAGGUUUGAAAUACAGCAUGGGUUCUGUUGCCAGAGAUGGACCGAAACCGCAUGCUGUGUUGACCCCAUUGCCUCUUCAAGGCCAUAUCAAUUCAUUGUUCAAGCUAGCAAAGCUCCUUCAUGUUCGAGGCUUUUUCAUAACCUUCGUGAACACUGAGUUCAACCAUAAGCGUUUGCUUAGAUCAAGAGGUGUUAAAAGCCUUGAUGAUGGCCUCUCAGAUUUUCGAUUUGAAACCAUCCCAGAUGGUCUUCCUCCUCCUACUGAUGAUAAUGCCUCCCAGGAUGUAUCCUCUCUUUGUGAUUCCACCAGAAAGAAUUGUCUCCUUCCCUUUCAAAGGCUUCUUGGGAGACUUAGUGAAUCUGCCUCUAAUGGCCUAAUCCCUCCAGUCACUUGCUUGGUUUCUGAUGUUGUCAUGUUCUUCACUGUUGAUGCUGCUGAAGCACUUGGACUCCCUAUUGUUCUUCUUUGGCCUGCUAGUGCUUGUUCAUUGUUGGGUUUUGCGCACUAUCAAAAUCUACUCGAUAGAGGGGUUGUACCACUCAAAGACGAGAGCUCUUUGACAAAUGGGUACUUGGAGGAAGAAAUAAAUUGGAUUCCAGAUCAACAAACAAAUUGUAAAUAUGCAUGCCAAGACUGGGGAAUUGGAGUUGAAAUUGAUACAAAUGUGAAGAGAGAAGAGGUUGAGAAGCUUGUGAACAACUUGAUGGAAGGAGAGCAAGGGAAGACGAUGAGACGGAAGACUUUACAAUGGAGGAAAAUUGUCGAGGAGGACACGAGACCUGGUGGUUCUUCCUACAACAAUUGGAAAAGUAAUAAAAGAUGUGCUUAUCAAAAUGAAAAAUUAAGUCUAAGAAAACCUUAAAUGAUU